AGUUUUUGGGCUCCGGGCACAGGGCCUGCUAAGAGUGGAAGCCUGUGUCCGCAAGUGGAUGUGAGAUCUGACAGGCAUGCCUGAUGGUGCAGAUGAUGGGAAGAAGAGCUACUCCAUGGGCAUAGACCUGGGAACUACUUACUCAUGUGUUGGUAUCUUCAAGGAUGGAGAGGUGCAAAUCAUUGCGAAUGACCAAGGCAACCGGACGACGCCCUCUUACGUCGCCUGGACAGACAAAGAACGACUGCUGGGAGACGCCGCCAAGAACCAGGUAGCGAGCAACCCGACCAACACGGUUUUCGAUGCAAAGCGCUUGAUCGGCCGGACAUUUCAGGACCCCAUCGUACAAGCCGAUCUAAAGCUGUGGCCAUUCCGGGUUGUGUCGGAUGGAUCGCCAGACGACAAGCCGCUGAUAGAGGUGAUGUACCAGGAUGUGGCGAAGAAAUUCCAUCCUGAGGAGAUCUCUUCUAUGAUUCUUACCAAGAUGAAGCUGACCGCAGAGGCCUUUGUGGGGCAGCGUGUGCGCAAUGCUGUCAUCACCGUACCAGCGUAUUUCAACGACUCUCAGAGGCAAGCGACAAAGGACGCUGGCGAGAUUGCUGGAUUGAAUGUUUUGCGAAUUGUCAACGAGCCCACCGCGGCUGCAAUUGCAUAUGGACUGGACACAAAGUCCAAAGAAAAAAAGACCAAAUCCGGGGAGAAGGAGACAAACAUUUUGGUGUUCGACAUGGGCGGAGGGACGUUUGAUGUUUCUAUCCUGACGAUCACCGACACCGUGUUCGAGGUGAAAGCCACCGCUGGUGAUCCACACCUGGGCGGGGAGGAUUUCGACAACCGUAUGCUCAGCUACUGCAUAUCGGAGUUUCGGCGCAAGCACAAGUCGGAUCCCACGCGGAACCAGAGGGCAAUACGACGGCUCCGAACGCAGUGUGAACGGGCAAAGCGGCAGCUGUCCACCCAAACAUCUGUCACUAUCGAGGUGGACAGCUUGCACGAGGGCCAGGACUUCAAUCUUCGCCUUUCGCGUGCCAAGUUCGAGGAGCUGUGCAUGGACUACUUCAAGAAGGCCAUGGAGCCUGUCUCCCAGUGUUUGGGCGACAGCGGCUUGCCCAAAUCGCAGAUCUCAGACGUAGUGCUUGUUGGCGGCUCCACACGCAUCCCCAAAGUCCAAGAGCUGAUCAGCUCCUUCUUCAAUGGAAAGCAGCUGUGCAAGGAGAUCAAUCCAGACGAAGCUGUGGCGUAUGGAGCCGCUGUGCAAGCGGCGAUUGUCUCUGGCACAGGAACGGAAGAAGUUGAAAAUAUGCUGCUCUUGGAUGUGGCGCCGCUUUCAUUGGGAAUUGAGAUGGCCGGAGGCAUGAUGCAGAAGCUGAUUGAGAGGAACAGCACCAUUCCCACAAACAAAAGCCAGGACUUCACCACGGCAGAAGAUUAUCAAGAUUACGUUGAGAUCAAGGUGUAUGAAGGAGAGCGCGCAAUGGUGAAAGACAACAACUAUUUGGGCAAAUUUGUGCUGACAGGGAUCCCCAAGACGUUGCGAGGUGUGCCAAAAAUCAAGGUCACCUUCAAUGUGGACUCGAAUGGGAUCCUGGAAGUGACCGCGGAGGAUAUGAAGACGCACCGCAAGGGCGAAAUCCAGAUCACGAAUGAGAAAGGCCGAUUGUCACAGCGGGAUAUUGAGAGGAUGCUGCAGGAUGCUGAGGCUCACAAGGAGGAGGAUGAUCUUGCAAGAGGCGAGAUGAUGGCACGUGAGUCGAUCACGGUGUAUAUGAGACGGACUAGGAAGGCGCUGGAGGAUAUAGAUUCAGAGAAGAUAUUAAAGCGAGACCGCGAACGGCUCGAGAAGAAGAUGGAGGAGGUUGACUUGUGGCUGGAUGAGCAUUCGAACAAGGCCACGAAGGAAGAGUUCGAAGCCAAACAGCGGGAACUGGAAUCAGCCAUGAACACCAUCAUGCUGAAGAUCAACAGGUCUGAAAGCGACUUUUGGGAGCAGCAGGCCAUUUUGCCAGAGAACGAAAAGACUAUCGAGCAGGGAGGGUACUUCCUGGACUCUGGCCUGGACAUUCGCGACUUGAUCGAGGAUCCAGACUGAGUAGCUUCGUUUGCUGCAUUUUGUGUAGCUCAAAGCCAGCCGCAGCAGAAGCAUCGCUGACUGGCCGCAGAAAUGGCGCCGUCAGAUGGCCUUUUGCCAGCCAGCCCUCCGCUUGGUAUCGGAGCCUGGCAAUGCCGACUUGGAGCACAGUAGCUGCAGCGCAAAUUUGCAGAUUUGCAAGUCAGUAGGGGCAGUGAGGCAGCAAAGUUCGCCUGCCCUUGCCCCGAUAUUUUUCAGCUUGUGCCAUCUUCCAGACUCGCGACGCGACA